GCAUUGGAACAGACAAAUAAGCCAUUUCAUAUGGUUUGCCACAUUUUUCUUUGUAAUUUUUCAUUAAUACCUGUUUUUGAUAAUAAACAUCAUUAAAUAACUUACCUACAAUGUACCAAACAUUUAUUAAAAAACCAAAUUCUUACACGAUUUCGAUCAAUAUACCGUUUAUCGAUUUUUUACUUGCACAUCAGCUGAUUGCUUAAGUUCCAAGCAAUCGUUGAAGUAAAAUAUUGAUAAGACUUUUGACAUUUUGCGUAAGCAAAUUCUUAAGCGCACCGUUUAAAAAUGGGACAAAAAAUUGAAUCCGAAUUCUAUUUGAAACUAAUAAAAUCAGUGCGCGAGAAACCAAUUCUGUAUGAGAAAAGUCAUAAAAACUAUUACAAUAGAACUAAACGCAAUGAAGCUUGGCAAGAUGUGUCUAACCAAACAGAUCGAUCAGUUAGUGAAUGCAAAGCGCGCUGGAAGUUGUUGCGCGAAAGAUUCUGCAAGCAAAUGAAAAGAGCCGAUGGGUUUAUGCUAAUAGGCAAUGGCGAGACUGAUGAAAAUGAGUGGGAAUACUACAAAGAAAUGAUUUUUCUAAAAGAAUCAAUAGUACCGCGUCGAUCACAUAGAGAAAAGGAUUUAAGUUCCAGCUUAGAAGAGCCCAUAAUAAAUGAAAUGUUUAUAAAUGUGAAUGCAAUAACAGAAGAUGAAUCAAAUUCGUCCAAUUCCAAUUUAUCAAAGUGCACUAAGCGUUCGUUUGAAAGCAACAAGUCGGCAGGAUUCGACUUGGCGCCCUUGAAAAUUGAACGUAUAAUGAAUACCGAUAUUCUUAAUUCCAAUAAAUACGAAAGUAAACGUUCUACAGCUAACUGCAAUAAACAAAUUGGUACGGCAAUGGAAGAUCUAGCUGAUGAAUUAUUUGUGAAAAAUAUAGCAAAUUUAAUACGUGACCUGCCAAUAGAAAUUAAGGAUCGCUUUCAAGCGGACAUGUAUACGGAAGUAUACCGUUUGCGAGGACUUUAUCGGAACUGCUAAAAUAAGAAAAAUUAGCAUUUUAACAUAAUCUGUAACGUAAUUAUGUGCCAUACGCUUAUUAUAUCUCAUUUGUAUGUUUUUGUUACCUACUUCGUUAUAUUAUUACUUACGUACCUGUAUGUUCUUGGAUUUAGUUGAGAAAUAUUUGUUAGCUUGUAAAUUUUUUUUAUAAAAAUAAUGAGUUUUAAAUAUUGAAACCAGCGACUCUAUGUUUUAUUCAUAUAUUCAGAUUCAAAUAUACGUAUUUAUUAAUAAAUUCGUGCAAUGAAGCAAGAGCAAGAGUUCUCAACAUUUGCAUAUACUGCAAUGUA